AAAAAAGAAGAAAAGUAUCAUCCUCUUCCUUGCACCACCAAACAAUCUAAACAAAUUGUCCUCCGCGAGGGUACAGGCCGGGACAGAUGAUUUCUUGUAAGGCGACUAAAUCGCCUACAUCUGAGCUCGGAUGGUACCUCGCUCUCCCGUCGCACGAGAUAAACAAGUUGGUACCUGAUUGUUUUUCUCGCUGUUGGGCAUCUGAUUGUAUGGUAAUGAUGUCACUAUACGGUUACACACACACACGCGAAACCCUAGGGACUCCAGCUCGGGGCAUCCAGUGAUCUCAACGCUUGUCAGGGGAAGGGGUCGGACAGGGAGGGGGAAGGGUUGGAGGGUUAGGGAGAAGACAAUUAGGCAACGUGGAGGGAACAUGCACAAGCUCCGCAGACCUCAAGCGCGUGGACAGAAUCAAGUUUCUCGUGAGAACUCGAGUGCAAGCACCGUCAGAUAAAAAACCAAUUCGCCGUACUAGGCUGCCCCAAGCCCUGAGUGUCAUGGCGGUCACGUCUAGUCACGCAGUCUUGGCGGUCACGGCUAGCCAAUGAGGAAUCACCGACGAACCGUUAUCGUCGUUGGCCACUUUCAUGGCUGGUCCCAAGCUGUUUCCCAACAGGGUCUCCCUUGCCACCCAGCCACCCCGUCACCCAAUUGGAGCAGCGUCUUGUCCACUCAGGGUUGGUGACAGAAGCAGUCGGGUGUGUCCAACCUGCUUCUGUCCACUCCUGGGAGAGUGAAGGGGGGCAUAGAGAUGACAGUGGUGACAGGCCUUACGACCUUUCUGGAUACGGUGUCGCUGCGACUGUAGCGUACUCUACAAACGACAGGCACGUGAGAACAUAAAUACACGCCUUCCGGUAGUAGUUGUGCUCUCUCUGUCUCUCUCUCUCGUCCAAUGCUACUUUGUACUUUCUGCGACGAGGUGUGGCUUGACCUUGAUGACGACACUGAGGACAGCGUGUCACCACGCGCGCGCGGCGAGUGCCCGUGUUUAUUUUCGUGAGAUCAGCCAGCGUCGUGACAGCGUGGCCAGCGUGCUCCACUGUGUCUGCGGUGCGACCACCACGAGCUAGGACGACGACCGACGUGAACAGGACACUCACUCACUCAUCGCCGUUCACCUCCCCCCCGAACCUUUUCCCCCCCAUCAUCAACGCUUCUCCACUCGACAGCGGCGGGGACUACUUAUUUUCAACCCCUCACCCCACUUCCCACCGUUCUGGCCUCUCUCUCUCUACAAACAACGUCCUCAACUCUGCUUGACGAAACAUUCGCCGACGUACGCACCACCACCACCAGUCGCUGCACAGCAUCAAGGGCAGAACGAGGGACUCCGCGCUAGCUCAGCUGAGCGCAAGCCACGCUGUUGACUGUUUAAUGUUCUGAGUUGAGGACCUCCAACCUCUCUCUCUCCCCCGUUCCCUCCAACCACACAAACAACAAUUUGGUGUCUCGCUCGGUGACGUGAGUCAGCUUUAUUUAAAAAAAAAAAAAAAGACGAGCAACAGGAAGAGAAUGAACAAGCCGUGGGAAUGUGGAGCGUGAUACACAGGUGUGAACUCCAACAGCGACUCUCCACACACAUACUCGGAGCGGCUGCAUCGGACAGGUGUACUGCUAAGGUUACCAUACCUACAUUAACUUCAAUAACAGUGCGAUGACGUAAGGCUUGUCCAGGUGUGAUAUUCUGCUGAUGCUACUUUCUCAACAAGCUUCCUGAAUGAGCUGAAUAGUCUCGGCGCAGAAGCGGAGAACAGGACGUCAGUGUAAAGUGUAAACAAACAGUCGAUCAAAAGAGACAGCCAAUCACCAGUCAGCGCGGCUCAAGAUCAAAGUGUGAAGUACGACCCUCGGCAAGAUUCUUGUUUCGGGUUAAAGACCAAAAGGUCAGUCGCCCGGUCAUGAUGGAAGACUUCCUCCCUCUCGUCUCCAGCCUGGAGCGGGAGCAGCACACACUGCAGCGCCUCAACUCCGCGGGCGAGGAGAGUAACUCCAGUGGCGACGACGGCUUCGCCAGUCACAGUCCGUCCAGCAACAUGAGUCUGGACAGCGUUGACGACAUCGCCCUCGACUACUUCUUUCUCGCAGGGCCUGUCGGACGAGUGCAUAACCCGCAGCAUCCGCAACAGCAGCAGCAGCAGCAAAUCCCGCAGGACCAUUCUGACUAUCACGACCAUCAACACCAGGGCAGUCUGAGCAGGCUGGACCAGAUCGCCUUCGCCUACUCAGGCAACAUCCCCAUCUCGCCAGUCACUGUCUGCAGCGCCUACAACGACGUCGACUUCCUGUCAGCCUUCGAUUCCGGAAAGGACGUUGUCUUCGCCUCCAGCCCCGAAUGCACGCAAGAUGUCUUCAGCGACCUCGACACCAUCGACCUCUUCAGCGGCGGACCAACAUCAGCGUCCUCAACAGCGUGCCUGUCAAGGUCCGCUCCGCCAAGAUCGCCUCCGCGGGAUCCCCCUCCGCCUUCUCCUCCUCCUCUUCGCCUUCCUUCUCGCCUUUCCUCGCCCAGCUCGUCGCUGUCCACCUCUCCGUCGUGCAAAGACAAGGUGGACGACAAGAUUUACCACUGCAACUACGCCGGCUGCAACAAGGUGUACAGCAAGAGCUCGCACCUGAAGGCGCACCUGCGCCGCCAUACCGGCGAGAAGCCGUUCGUGUGCACGUGGAGCGGGUGCGACUGGAAGUUCUCGCGCUCCGACGAACUGGCGCGUCACAAACGCUCGCACUCGGGGGACAAGCCGUACCCGUGCAAAAUCUGCGAGAAACGCUUCUCGCGCUCCGACCACCUGUCGAAACACCUGAAAGUCCACCGCAAGAUCAGGUGACGAGAGUGACUCUAGCUGCUGGUCAACUGUUGUGGCGAAAGUCUCAACCGCUGACACUUGACUACUAAGCAAUUGAUUCCAUCCAUUACCGAGCCAGUUUUUUUUUUAAUUAUAUAAAAAAAAAAAAUAAGUCCAGCCAUUCCAUUGUUUGUAAAUUGAUGCUAACCGAACUUCAUGGAGUCGUUGUCGUGUGUUUGCUUUUCAUGGCUGCCAAAACACAGCAUUUUCUAUUUUGUUUUCAUUUUAAUGUAGAUGAGUGUGAGUUUUUUUUUUAUAAGCAGAUAAAAUUGAGAGAAAGGGGUUUGCUCCCUGUGGGGCUACUGUUUUAUGCUUUGUCGACAUGCAUGCCUGAUUUAUUCGAGUAUAACUUGACGACUGAUGAAAUGUUUUAACACGCACCAUGUGCUCUCCAGGCCCAGGUUGUAAAUAUUGUAGAAGUUUGAGAGAAAUGUUUCCAUGUAUGUUUGGAAUCCGUCAGAAGUUUUCAUCAUGAAUGGUAUGGCUGUCAGUUCUAGACCAAGAAAUCAUGGAAAUCGUUUGGUAUUUUUUUUUUUUUUACAGAGGUACUGUCACAAUUGUCACAGCAAAUGAUAGUCAGUAAAUGAAUAUGAAAUAUUAAAAUUGUGAGAAAACUUAAGCUGUUCUGAACUAUCUCUUAAAAAACUUAAAUCCUGCAAAAUUCGCACAUUUUUAAAUGAAAUAUUUUGGGGAAACCUUGAAAUACUAUUUGUUCCUUUGGCUUAGUAAAGUUCCGAAGAUGAUGGUGAUUACAAAUAAUUACUGAAUUGUUUUAUUCUGUGCCAGUUACUCAUAUUUGUCAAUGAUUUCUCUGUGAUAAGUUGUCGGUAAUCCAUGCGUGUCGCAGCGACUGAAAUGGUUUGGGAGUCUUUAGCGUAAAAUCUGGCAAAGUUUUCAUUCCUUUUCUUAAAAAAAAACAAAUAAAAAAAAAAUAAAUAAAUAAAACCACCAAAACCAAACAAUUAAUGGAGCUUGUCGUCAUUAGCACGGUUUUAUCUUUAAUUCUGUGCAUUUCAAGAAGGCUGGGACAAAAUGGCAAAUCGUGUACAGACAUCUUAUCUGUGUAUACAUAAAAUAUUGAAAUACUUUGUAUUGUGUGUACUUAGCUCUCCUCCGCUUGUCGAGGGGACAUCACUACUGCACGCCUCACAGCUUCCAGACUGUUGAUAACUCGUGCACCUGUGACUGCCCCCCUCUCCUCUCUACCUUCCCCUCCUGUUGUACAGGUGGUGAGUAAAGCUGCACAGUCUACCUGCAGACCUCUUGUCAGUAUUCAUGCGCUUCACUGGUCACCAUAGCAACAAGUGCCGCUCCAGCAAAGUGACUUCUGAGAGAAAAAAUGUUUAAAAUUAACUCCUCCGGUAAUGACUAUUUUGUUUGUUUAUUUUCUGCGUGUGAAAAACGUGGUGAUCUCAGAGCUGGCCUUCACGUGUCUGUUCAUGACCCGACAAAGACAUCAAAGCGCCGACAGGUGGAGCUAAUUGGGAUCAUCCUUACUCGGACAAUGAAAGAAGUGCAGGUGUUUGUGCCGCUCUUGUAACCAGGCAACGAUGUUACAGUUAUCACUACCACACCGUUGCAUGGCAAGGAGUUUUUUCUAUGGUUUUUGCAUAGCAUUCCCUUCGACGAAAAAAAUUGUACGUAUUGUUUGGAAAUGCGAAUGUUUCUUGAAUGUUUUUGUUAAUUAUUACCUGUUCAUUAUCUUAUGAUAAUGCGAUUGUGGUGAGUAUAAAUGUACUCAGUGACCUAGUGAGUUGUUAUGUUGUCAUAUACUGUUACUUUGACUGAAGAUUUGAUGCAGUGGGAUUAUACAUCUCGUUUGGUGUCAGACUACCAGAGCAGCGAAUUAGGAAAUUACUUUCCCAAUUCUUCUUUGUCAUGAAAUCACUGAUUUACGAAGCUUCUGACUUACAACCCAUGAUCCAAUGCUAGACAUAAGAUGUCCUGUAUGAUGGCAGCUCAACGGUUAUGGCUCUUCAUGGUUCACUCCAUCUCUUCAUGUCAUAACAUUUUCACUCGGAUGACAUUCCAGUUGUUUUAAACCGGAUCAUCAGCUGCAAAUCGCCGCCAUUUGUGUCAGAAAUACAAACUUUGCAAAAAAUCUUUCUCGUUUCUAAUUUAUUCCUUGAACCUUUAACAAUCCAUCCUAAUUUAAAGAAAGGAAAACACUGAUAGCUGAGACAUAACCGCGAACGUUCGAGAAGGAAGACCUGUCUUAUCUUUCAAUCACAGAUGCGGAACGUGCGAUAGUGACUGGUUGAGCAUUUUCAGGAGGGUUUUAUGGGCUCUCCUAUUAUCAUUGGCCAAUUUUAGUUUAUAGAACUAACGAUAGAACACGCUUAGCAACCCAACUAAAGUGUAUUGUAUUUUUUAUGAGAAGCUUAUCGCCGCUAGUUUGAUGAUUAUGUCCAAAGCAGAUAAGAAGUAGAUGUGUCUUCAUACACCUGUGUGAUGAAGAAAAGAGAAACGAAAGGGAAGAAAGGCCGUGUGCGGUGGGUAGGGGGAGAAGAAUGACUUUUCAAAGACUUUGUUUUCAGGUGCGCUGACUAACAUUGUUUCCAACUAAUGAGCUUAGUAUCCAGCAGUGUGUCAGUUUCUAAGAGACUUAAAUAGUGAUAUAAGAAAAAUUUGACACUGAGAUGCGAGAAGGCUUGAGUCUAAUCUUAGUGCAGACCGUCCGCCUGUACAUUGCUUACAAUGCCGCAGUAUGCGGGUUUCCAUUGAUUGGACGGUAUAAUUAGGAGACAUGUAACCACCGUUCUCUCAUUCUGCAAGUGUCCUUGUCGAAAAAGAAGCAGAGUGCAGUAUACGUAUACUGUGAAUGUACACGUUUAAACUCUCUUUUCUCAUUCCUCUUGUUAUCAGCCUCUUCCGAGCUAAUUAUCGAUAAAGGACAUGUGAUUGUUAGCGCGUACACCGGAGGAAAGGGAACUUGGGAAUCGCGUUCACUAGUCUACACUGGAGUUACUGUCCUUCAUCUCUACUCACGUGAUACAGAUAAACUGAUGGCCUGUCAUCCAUGUUGUCGCUAUUGAAACAGCGCCGCUGUUGUUACGGAUGAACUUGUGACCUUAGCUUCUUGGGGACAAAUAUUUCAGAUAAACCCCUUGAUUGUUGAGCACCGUAACUGUUUAUCUUUAAUUUGCAAGAGUUUCAAGCAGAGUUUCUAUAUUUCAUGUACAAAUCGCGUUUAUUUCGUAGCCUCACAAAUUCUUUCCUUCAAUUUUAAUUAAGCUAAAAAUAAAAGUGUUUCGUUUCCACCCUAUUAUAGCUUUGAGUUAACAUUCAUUGUUAAUCACACCUCAGUCCUUAUAGAACAAGCUUCUGCUGUGAAAUCUGCAUAAUAGGAAAGGUAAACUACCUGUUUGUAUGAGAGUUCACGACCUUCCACAGGUGUCUGAAAUUCUUGUUCGUUCACACCUACCCCGAACCUUCUCCCCGUCUCUUCCCCUUGCAUCAGCAGUGUACCUGUCGUCCCCAAACUCGCACUAUCCUUGUCUUUCUCUUCUAAUCUUCUUCGCCAAAGUUUGAAUACUGUCCAUUGCGCAACCUCUCUAUAUCAGUGCAUGUUUUGAAAACAUUCUCAACUGUCAUGGACUCCCCUGUAACCCGGCCUCUCUCCGUUAAUCUUUAAUCUGCGUUCAUCUCUAAUCAGGCGACUCACCUACGUAGGUGUACUUAUCGACCGAGCGCACUCCAAGCGUAUCAUCGACUGCGGACUCUGUGUUUGCCAGGUAGCAAAUGAGAUUAUUCAGGGAUUUUCGACGAUAGCCCGCUUUCGUCGAUCACGACGAUGACCCCAAUGGCAGGCCGUAUUGUCUCGUCAAGUGUCCAGAUAUAUAUUCACAUGUGAUCAGAGCUGGGUGUACAGAUAAACCGGGUACCCCGUGAUCGCAAGGCCUUUUGCAGGUGUGAUAAUAAUUCAGGUAUCGGCGAGGCAGGCAGAUAGAUAACCGGGUGUCGCGGCCAUAGGAUCAGUACACGUGGAGAACUUUUCGGGAAUUGACCAAUUAUCUACAUAAAAUCUGAAAAUUUUAACAUUUAAAUUAUUUUAUUACUAACUGAUUUAAUUAUAUGCAGCUUGCGAAAUUCUAGUGUGAGAAGUUCUAUAGCGAUGGUGUUCACACCCAGUUUGCGAAGUUGAUAGUCUUAGCUUAGGAAACUUUUACUGAUAUAUUUAAAUAAUUAUACUAACAUUAUGCAAUGUUGUCACAACUGUAAAAUAAGUAUUAACAUACCGAGAGUUUACACCACGUCGUUUUUGUAUAUUUUGAGAGAUGUUAUUAUUAAUUAGUUUGCGUUAGUGACAUAUGUAAAUAAAGCUGACAAACAACUCAUUUAUUUUGUGAGGUUUAACGCAGAAAAUUAAAUAACAUGUAAAUUCUGUGGCGAUAAACAGUCGUCGUUAGAAAGACAGAACCUCGACCUUUGCCCCAAUAUCAUAAGUAACAGAGAGAGAGAGAAAGUACUAUGAAUUAACUAUAAAUAGCCGAGAACAAUCGGAAAUAUUUUCACCUGUGGUGGAUAAAUAAGCUCAUUGGAGAUGAAGACACAACGGGGAGAAUUUUUUUAAAUCGAUGAAUAGGUUCGGCGUUAGAGUUUUAUUCUGUUUUGUAAAAAGUAAUCGCUGGGUUUAAAUGAUGUAAUAUAACAAUAGAGGUCUCUAUUGGUAUUAAACUCCCCUCAACCUAACUGAAAAUAGCUUUACACAGUCGUCUGGUCUGCAGCUCCAGAAGUCAUAGCAUCUCCAGCAUCCCAUCCCAUGACAACACGACGGUCAUCCAAGCAGCGUCCAUAGCAACCAUAGCACAGUCUUGCUACCGGCGGUCAUCAGAGUUCAUUGGUAACUGCCACUAAUCAGAGUCCAUAGCAACCUACUAUUUUUUGUUAUCAGCAUCUAUUGCAACACUAGUAACUGCCAUUAAUCGGCGUAAAUAACAAUCGUUGGGAACUGUUGCCAUUCAGCCUUGUCUCCUAUCUUAUGUUUAUUUGUCCUCCGAACUCUUUCUGUUCCUCCUGAAGCUCGAUUCUGGAAGUGAACUGAACUCUUGUUCUGAGGCACAGAAUCAGACACAAAUAUUCUAAUGUUACAAUACCGACAAAAGUUUCACUUCAAUGUUAAAAUAUAAGAUUUCUGUAAACAUGUUUACAUUCUGAAGCAAGUCUUGAUGACCACUUGUGCGUGCGUGUGGAAGGUUCAUGCGUGCGAGCGUGAGUGAUCAAAUGUUGUCAUGACAAUGUUGCCAACUUCCAAUGUCUGUAUUCUGAAGGCGGCUCUGUCUGAAGACAUGCAAUCUGGCAUGAGAUGCCAAGUGUAAGCACGGUGCCCAGUAUUCUGCUUUAUGUGACUGUGGAGUGAGCGGAGUUGUGACACAGUGCCUUACACCAGCUCUGCAAAUACUAUUUUCUCUUGCCGAACGAUGUGUGAAGAAUUCCUGAAAGUUAAUAUUUUACAAAGUUUUUUAUGAAAAUAAAGAAAUGAAAUGAUU